AUGCGGGUGCGGGUGCGGAGCUGGCAUGGCGUCGCCUCCUGGCUGUGGGUGGCCAACGACGAGAACUGCGGGAUCUGCCGGAUGGCCUUCAACGGCUGCUGCCCCGACUGCAAGGUGCCCGGCGACGACUGCCCACUGGUGUGGGGGCAGUGCUCGCACUGCUUCCACAUGCACUGCAUCCUCAAGUGGCUGAACUCGCAGCAGGUCCAGCAGCACUGCCCCAUGUGCCGGCAGGAGUGGAAGUUCAAGGAGUGACGGCCGGGCUCCGCCGUUACACCGGCC